AUGGAUUUUAAAUACAUUGUCUAUAUCGUCCUCUUACUGAGCAGAAAUUUAACUACAAUCGAAGGAGUAGAAAACACAGAAACAUUCAAGAUGAGCGAUAGUGUCUAUACGUGCAGCAAAUGGUUGGCAUCUAUAAUAGAUAACUUUUGCAAUAAUGUUUAUAAAAUUGUGAAACGAGAUACUUCACUUAUUCUCGAUAAGUUAACGCCAAAGGAUUUACUCAACAAUAGAGAUAAACGAAGAAAGAUAGCAGAGAUGAGAUGGCGACGAGUGCGCCGACAAGUUGCAAGCGAAUGCUGUGAAAGACCUUGCACUGUAGAAACUAUUAUUAUGUACUGUCCAGAUGAUGCUAAAGUAUUAAUAGAGAACCCAGAUAUAUUUAAUUACAGAAAUUCAAACUGA